AGCCUCCGCUGUGCAAUGUGUGGCAUCCAUCGAUUGGGUUAGACGUUCAAGCCAGUCUACUGUGUCGGGAGUGAGUGGUGUGUGUGAACUCACAAACACAGUGGAAGCCUCACGGAAUGCCUAACAGUGUCGCUUGUAUUAGUGAUCAGCAUAAAGACCAGAUAAUGUAGUCAAAUGAUGCUUUCCAAAGACAUUCAGUUCUAGAGAUUUACCUGGAAACCAAAUUGUCAAGUUCUCAUGGGCCAGCAAGGUGACAGGACUUGUUUGAAUGACUUGUAUGCAAGCGACGGUGUCGCCUAUGAUGCAAACUGUCAUAAGAUGGCGGCGAGCCUCAGAGAUUGAGUCUUCGAGGUACCCGGCAGCGUCCAACCCCUGCAGCUAUCUUCUGGGCAACUCUCUUUGUUACAUCAUUUCCGGUUGCCUUCUUUUAGUCGUCGGAGUCAUCAUCACAUCGCUGACCUUUCAAAACUUGGACGGGACAAGUAGCGAAAACAAAGAGCGGUACGCGGGGCCAGUCCUUAUAGCUGCAGGGGUUCUUGUGAUGGCCAGGGGUGCUCUCAGCAGACUCUGGCCUCGGCGGAGGACUAUGUCUGCACGUCGACGCUCCUUACUGCGCCGGUACAUUAGGGAGAUCUACAGCCGACCAAUAUUUGCCGUGAGCCCCGACUGGGAGUGCCUGACUGUUCGUUUACCAAACAAUUCAACUUUCAGCCUUUGUGAUAUGGAAGUUGCCGAUCUUUAUCAUGUUUCUUCCAGAACACGUUUGUACAGUGAUGACCCUCCCUCCUAUGAAGUAGUGACCAGUGGUCAGUACGUUUACCGAGACACCUACGUCCACGCCUACAGCAACCCGGCCAAUGAAGUGGAAGACGACUACAAUGAGGAGGACCUCGACACCCAAGACCACCCGAUCCGCAUCAUCGUGACUCAGACCUCAGACGUAGCUACGCCCAACGAAGACCCCAGCCCGCCCCCUUCCUAUGACGAGUACAUUCAGUCAGAAACUAUGAAAACAACGACUUUGUAAAUCACUUGUGUGUGUGUGUGUGUGUGUCACAGUGUGUGCGUGUGUUUGUGUACAAAUGACUGUUUGAGUACGAGUAUGCUUACGUGUUGAUGUGAUUGGGUGUGAGUGUGUGUGUCACAGUGUGUGCGUGUGCUUGUGUACAAAUGACUGUUUGAGUACGAGUAUGCUUACGUGUUAAUGUGAUUGUGUGUGUGUGUGUGUUUUCCAUUAAUGUUGAAUUGCCUGCAAUGUAAAAUGAGAAAUUCGGAUUAACAUGACUGUAGCCUAGCUGUUAAUAUUAUUUGUGUGUGCCACUCUAGUAGCAUCCUAGGCUUAGGUUGUAGGCUUAUGUUGUAAAUACUAUGAAAGCACUUCGUUUUAUAGCUGCUUAUUAUUAGAAUUUAACAGAAGCAACUUGUUGCUAACGACAACGUUAAGCUGCAUGUUGCCAUGGAGAUGAAAUUAGUGCAAUUAUUCCCAUAUAUCUAUAUUUCUAUAUUGUUGUAGAUAAAAUCCCUUUAAAAUACCAGCAACCUAUUCGCUAUUCAUAAAUUUCUAUAUCUGAGUGUUGUCCCUUAAAACAUGGAGACUAGACGUCACAUCGAUUUUGAAAAAAAAAAAAACUUUCUACGAUUUCAUACAGAGGCAAACCAUUUUCAAUGACUACAAAAACAUUUUUGUUAACACCUUUUUAGUUUAUAAAUAUCUUAUCAAUAAAUCAACUCAAUCAACAGAAUACAUUAGAUAGAGUCAAUACAUGAACUCAAUCAACAGGAUACAAUAUAUAGAAUCAAUACAUCAACUCAACAGAAUACAUUAGAUAGAAUCAAUACAUCAACUCAAUCAACAGAAUACAUUAGAUAGAUUCAAUACAUGAACUCUAUCAACAGAAUACAUUAGAUAGACUCAAUAAGUUACAAACGGAACACACAUUGUGAAAGUGUGGGGAAAAGAAACAUGAGAUAAAUGAUUCACCUUAAACUAGGAUGUAGGCCUCUUGCCUAUAUGUGGAUGAACAAUUUAAAAGCAGUUUAAACUUGUGGUAUCAUGGGGAUAUUUUCUGGUCAGCAUUGUCCGAACUAUUUCAAGUGUCUUACUUAGUGGUAUGUACUGGAGUCAGGACAAUGACUUGAUAAGAAUUAGUUCUGUUUCAUAUGCUUUCAUCAAGUUAAGUUCAACUUCAGUACAAUGUCUGCGUACUAUGCUACUUUUCUAUCUAUCUAUCUAUCUAUCUAUCUAUCUAUCUAUCUAUCUAUCUAUCUAAUCUAAUCUAAUCUAAUCUAAUCUAAGUCUAAUCUCUGUAGUAGAUAACGCCCAACAUGUUUUAGGUCGACCAAACUGUUCAUUCUAUUAACACUACACCAGUGACCAAAUUGGGAUGGCUGCCGGACCGUGUGGGUAUGUCGUCACAAAGGUCAAACCCUGACCGUCUCCAUUCCCUUCCGUGCUGCACGAGGUAGGACGUCAUAAUCUUCAUUUCUGAAGGAAUGUCCUACAUGUAAGAAAUGUCCUUCAUGUAAGGAAUGUCCUAGUAGUAUCCUACAUGUACAAGUUAAUCCCAUUCGAUGUGGCCUUUACCCAAAACAAAAUGUUUUUUCUCUUUCUGCCUAGUCCUUCUACCAAGCAAUACAAUCCAAAUUCCAUAUACACAUAUCACACCGCUCUGAAGAAGUAUUUAAUAUAUUACACUAUUUAAAGGGUUAUACAUUGUACUCGCUUAUUUCUCUUGGAUAAUCGCCAUUCAAGAUUUAUGUGCUAGCACAGUUGUCUUUUAUCGUCGCUUCUUCUUUCUACAACACAAAUUUGUGACGAUGAUUCCGUUUAGGUCUGUCUAGGACUGUGUAGACAGUCAAGGUCAGUCUAGGACUGUGUAGACAGUCAAGGUCAGUCUAGGACUGUGUUGACAGUCAAGGUCAGUCUAGGACUGUGUAGACAGUCAAGGUCAGUCUAGGACUGUGUAGACAGUCAAGGUCAGUAGGUCAGUCUAGGACUGUGUAGACAGUCAAGGUCAGUCUAGGAAUGUGUAGACAGUCAAGGUCAGCCUAGGUCAGUCGAGGACAGUCAAGGUCCGUCUAGGUCUAAGUUAAUGUCCAAUGUAUUUAAUCUAUGUUAAAGGAAGUAUAUAAUAAUUUGACUGAUACAUUUGUUAUCGCACAUGUUUCUUGCAUAAAAUACUUUCAACCUUAUACACAUAAACAAUUAUGGGUGUAUUAUUUCUCUUUUAAUAAUCAAGUAAUUCUAGACACGAUAAACCGAAGACGCAUAACAUGUCUCAUAUGUAUUUAUAUGUUCAUAUGUAAAUAUAGGCCUAGUAUAUCGCCUAUAGAAAUAUUGAUACAUCUCUUAUUAUGCCAUACACUUCACUUGAUUCAAUGUCUAUGUCUAUUGUACAUACUAUUGAUCAAUAAUCUUGUAAACAAUUUCAAUACUACGCACUUCAAUGUUUGAAUUCUUAGUAAUGCUGCCAACUUCGCACAUUUUAGACUUGCCCUAUUUUUUUAUAUGCACCCAACCCGACCAAGUCACUUGUGUGCUUAACUCUGAAUAAAUUAGUUGUUUUUUUUUAAAUGUACAUAAACACUUUUUACAGAGCUUAUAUUAACUCACUCUGUCUGUCUAUCUGUCUGGUAAAAUGUUUUAACACGUUAUUUCUCCCAUUGUCUGAUCAAGUUGAAACUUAGCACAAUUAUUCAUUGGCGAAAACAAUACAAGAAUCAUGUUUAUUUUUUAAAUGGUCAAUUAAAUAAUGGUAAUUUAUUAUUACCAUGGACUACAACAAAAUUCAUGACCGCCGUUCUUCAGACAGCUGAGUCUUAGAGGAGCUGUGAGAUGUGGGGUCUGGGAACAGCUGUGAGAUGUGGGGUCUGGGAACAGCUGUGAGAUGUGGGGUCUGGUAAUAGCUGUGAGAUGUGGGGUCUGGGAAUAGCUGUGAGAUGUGGGGUUUGGGAAGAGUUGUGAGAUGUGGGGUCUAGGAAGAGUUGUGAGAUGUGGGGUCUAGGAAGAGUUGUGAGAUGUGGGGUCUAGGAAGAGUUGUGAGAUGUGGGGUCUAGGAAGAGUUGUGAGAUGUGGGGUCUGGUAAUAGCUGUGAGAUGUGGGGUCUGGUAAUAGCUGUGAAAGAAAGAAAUAUGAAUAAAUAGUUACAAUAGGUUUGGAAUCCCAAUUGACGAGGCUGAUUAAAUGUUCAUUAAAGCCGUUGUUGUUUUCUUUAGGAAGAUGUAUUUCUUACAUAAUUUGUAAGUCUUUUGUAGACCAAAAAAAAAUCUUUCUAGACUCUAGAUAACUCUAGAAUAUCAAGUGGAAUGGCAAUAAGUCACUUCACUCUGACAAGGGAACGCUUCCAACUAUUUGAGAAACGCUGUACUAAUGAUGUUGUUUUUCUACAAAGCUUUUAUUAAUUAAUUCCGUCUGUCUGUCCGGGUGGAUUCUUUUACACUUUUUUCCCCUCAUCCCUUUCUCGGUUCCAAUUGAAAUUUCGCCACAAUUAUUCAUUGCAGCAGACGAUACAUUGAAUCAGUCAUAGAAAUUAAUCAAUUAGUUUAUCAAUUAGUGGUAAUUAAUUUGUUAUGUCUUAUAUUAAAAAAGAUGAGAUAAAUUUUGCAGUAUUGAGAUAUAUGGCAUGUGAUUGUGAGGUUUUUUCCUUUAUGUAACCUUUGUUUUUUUAAGUAUUUAUUAUAUUUUGCUUGUUUCAUUUUAUUUAUUUUGCACUAUUUAGUACCUAGCAAUAGACUUCUUUUGGGAAAUAACGACGUUUGUGCAUCAUCGUAGGAAAGAAAAAUGGCUGAAAUAUUAUUGGCAGAGUUGAUUGUGCAUUUAAGUUUAUUAAAUUUGUUUGACCUAAUUUGUUUCAGCUAGGCACACAUCUGACAGUUGUAUUUUAUCCAUUUUGUUUUCAUGUUCUGAGACACCUUUGAUAUUCUAGUCAGUAUUUACCACUCUAUACCGUCACACAAUGUCAACUAAUUAGGUCAUCUUUCAGUUCACUAUGCAUUGUCUAUGUUGUACAGUUAGAAUACUAGCAGACGAUCUAGAAAAGUAGAACAGCAUUUAGUCUCUUCCAAUUAUUUCCCACAAAUUUGACUUUGUACAUUUUUAGCUGUUGUUGAAUCUUUUUUUUAAAUUUGUUUACGGUAUUUGAAAAGUUUCAAAUGAACAAUUAUUUUUUUCUUGAACAAUUUGACAAUGUUGUUGUAUGUGUUUUGUUCCAUUUCUUUCUUUUUUUUUGCACAAAUUUUGUUCCGUUAAAUAACAAUGUUUUUACUGUG